AUGUCAAGCAAUGUCCAAGGUGAAUCGCCUUUUACUACCAUUCCUCCUCCUGGGUUAAGUAAUGUCCAUGAACCUCCGCCCAAUAUACCAUCGAAACCCUCCUGGGCUAGCCAAUGUCCAAGGGUACUCGCCUACGUCCAGGUGCCUCCGGGCCUACUACAGCAACCUCCUGGGCUAGCAAAUGUCCAAUGGUUAAUCGCUUACUACAUUGGAACCUCCUGGGGUAGCAAUGUCCAAGGUGAAUCGCCUACUACCAUCGCAACCUCCUGGGGUAGUAAUGUCCAAGGUGAAUCGCCUACUACCAUCGCAACCUCCUGGGGUAGCAAUGUCCAAGGUGAAUCGCUUACUACCAUUGCAACCUCCUGGGGUAGCAAUGUCCAAGGUGAAUCGCCUACUACCAUUGCAACCUCCUGGGGUAGCAAUGUCCAAGGUGAAUCGCCUACUACCAUUGCAACCUCCUGGGCUAGCAAUGUCCAAGGUGAAUCGCCUACUACCAUCGCAACCUCCUGGGUUAGCAAUGUCCAAGGUGAAUCGCCUACUACCAUCGCAAACUCAUGGGCUAGCAAUGUCUAA